GGGGGGGGGGGGGGAGCCCCGGGGGCCCGGGCGGGAGCGGCGGCCCCGGGAGCCCCGCGCGGCGCCAGCGCCCGCCUCCCCCCGGCCCUUCGCCCCGCCGGGCGCGGCCCCGGCGCCAUUUGGAGCGCGGCCCCGCGCCCGCCCCGCUUCGCGCCUCCGCGGCGCGGCCCGGGCCGCGCGUCCCCCCCCGCCUGAGGCGGGCCGGGCUGCGGCGCUCCCCGCGGGCGGCUCCCGCAAGGGCCCUUUGGCCGCCGCCGGAGCGCGGCCUCGGCCCUGCCCGUCGCCGCCGUCCCGCCCGCCUUGCCCCGCUGCAGGCCGCGGCCGGCUCGGCCGGGCUGUGGGAGGGAGCCGGGGGUCUUGGGGCCUCCCUGAGCCUCCCCCCCUUGCGCCGGGCAGCCGGGAGGGGCAGCGCCGGGAGGAGCCGCUGGAGAAGAGUAGCAGGAGUUGGUGUCCCAGGGGCCGGUCCGAGGGGAAAAGGAUGAGAAUCUUCUGGAGCUGAUGCAUUCACUACGUUUGGAAGCUGUGCAGCCAUCAGCUUCUUAGCUGCUCUGCUUGCUGAUACUGAAGAGCAUUUCAGACUAUUCAAAAUGAAUGAACAUCCUAAAAAGAGGAAAAGGAAGACUCUACACCCUUCUCGAUAUUCAGAUUCUUCAGGUGCCAGCAAAUACAUAGACAACAGUGGUAUUUUUUCUGACCACUGCUAUAGUGUCUGUUCUAUGAAACAGCCAGAUAUGAGGUUUUCUGAAAGCAGAGGUAGAUUCCACAGUCCUGUGCAGAGCUUAGACACAGAUGAUGAUGGGAGUCCAGUGCAUGCUGGGACUUCUCACUGGAGUGGGUCCCACUCAAACGUUGUGGGGUUGCACUACACAGACCCUAAAAAGAAGGACAGAGAUAAAGGUACUAAUAACGGAAUGUGCAGAGACUUAUGUGAUUCACCCAUAUUCAGUGACAGCCCUACAGAGGAAGAGAAACCUCUAGAUAUUCAAACUGUAGAAAUUUCUACAACAGAAGUGAAUGCUGUAGAAGUUCACGACAUAGAAACACAGACUGUGUCUCCUGAGAAGUUAGAAGCUGAGGACCUGGAGGAAAUCCCUCUGGAAACCAGAAUUUUUGAAAAGAAUCAGGCUUUGAAUAUCACAGCUCAGCAGAAGUGGCCUUUGCUGAGAGCCAACAGCAGUGGCUUAUACAAGUGUGAGCUCUGUGACUUUAAUAGCAAGUACUUCUCUGAUUUAAAGCAGCACAUGAUCCUGAAGCAUAAGACGUGUGCAGACACUCACGUCUGCAAAGUUUGUAAAGAAAGCUUCUCCAGCAAAGUGCAGCUCAUUGAACAUGUAAAACUACACGAGGAGGAUCCCUACAUCUGUAAAUACUGCGACUACAAAACAGUGAUAUUUGAGAAUCUGAGUCAGCACAUAGCAGACACUCACUUCAACGACCACCUUUAUUGGUGUGAGCAGUGUGACAUGCAGUUCUCCUCCAGCAGCGAGUUGUACCUGCACUUCCAGGAGCACAGCUGUGACGAGCAGUAUCUGUGUCAGUUCUGUGAGCAUGAAACAAAUGACCCAGAAGACCUGCACAGCCACGUGGUGAACGAACAUGCCUGUCGACUGAUAGAGCUGAGUGACAGCUACAAUAACAAGGAGCGUGGGCAGUACAGUCUCAUAAACAAAAUCAGUUUUGACAAAUGCAAAAACUUCUUUGUCUGCCAAGUGUGUGGCUUUAGGAGCAGGCUGCAUACCAAUGUCAACAGGCACGUAGCUAUUGAGCACACCAAAAUAUUCCCUCAUGUUUGUGAUGACUGUGGGAAGGGCUUUUCAGGUAUGUUGGAGUAUUGCAAGCAUUUAAGCUCUCAUUUAUCUGAAGGGAUUUAUUUGUGUCAAUACUGUGAAUAUUCGACAGGACAGAUUGAAGACCUUAAAACUCAUUUGGAUUUCAGGCAUUCAGCUGAUUUGCCUCAUAAGUGUACUGAUUGUUUAAUGAGGUUUGGAAAUGAAAAAGAUCUUUUAAGUCAUCUUCAGAUACAUGAGACAGCAUGAUUACUUUCUUUCCUUGUAACCAAUCUAUUAGAAUUGGAAUUCAAUUUCAGUCACUGAAAUGUGAUAUUAAAUGCAAUUUUAACAGCAA